GUCAGCUGGGCUCCACCAUUAGUUUGUUUGUGGUAGCAAAAUAAAAAUGUUGACUUCAAUGGUUAAGGAACAUCAUGCUAAGCAAUCGAAGCGUAAGCAAGAACAGGAAGUGCGUCGCAAAGAAGCCAUUGAAGCCUCCAACGAGCUUACACAAUCGCUAGUUGAUCACUUGAAUGUGGGUGUGGCACAAGCUUAUUUAAAUCAAAAGCGAUUGGAUGUAGAGGCCAAACAGUUGCAUGUGGGUGCCACAAACUUUGCGAAACAGACGCAUCAAUGGCUACAAUUGAUUGACAACUUCAGCAGCGCAUUGAAGGAACUUGGGGAUGUUGAAAACUGGGCUCGCAGUAUAGAAGGCGACAUGCAAGUUGUACAGCAGACCCUGGAGCUUGCCUACAAGACUUCGCGGGCAACGCAGGUGACAACAGGUGCCUCAACAUCUGCAGCAGGAAUCCCCUCAAACUCCUCAGCAGCAGCAGCAGCUAAUCCAAAUUGAAGACAAUUUAGUCAUGUGUAAAAUGCCCCGCUGAAUUAGGUCAACAUGAGCUGAUUUGUUUAAAGUAGUUUAUUUUAUUGUACAAUUACUAUAUAAAAUACAAACGCAGUGCAGGUAAAAUGUACAUUUUACUAAUUCGGUCGCGU